UGAUAUUGGCUUUAGGCGACCGGAGUAUAGCCGGAGAAGGUGAAGUCGAGGUGAGGGAAAUAAAUUGGGUCGCGAAGAGAGAAGAAGAGAUCGCGCUGAGGGAAAUAAAUCAAGGAAGUACUGGAGGAGGAGGAAGUGUAGUCGUCGGUGGUCGCGAUCCUUGUUCAUUCUAGCGGAAAGCAAGAGUGAAGAAGAUGGAGAGUCGCUGUCUAGAACAGGAAGAGCCAAGUCCUAGAGAAGAAGAGAGAAAGAACAAUUUAUUUUUUUAGGAAAAAGACACAUAUGGGAGGAGGAGGAGGAAAGAGAGCGCAACGGUGAAUAUCUACCUACUACUAGUACUAUUAUUACCUAAAUCAACAUGGCAGAGGUUUUAUUCUCGACUCAGUCCGUGGCAGUCCACCUUCUCUAACUUCAACUGUUUCUCCGGAUCUGUUUCUACCCGGCGUGCCAUGGGCAGGAUGGGCCGUGGAAAGAGUUAUUCUGCAAAUUCCAACGACUACAAGCUCCUCGAGGAGGUCGGCUAUGGUGCCAGCGCCACUGUUUAUCGGGCCAUCUAUCUUCCAUUCAACGAACUUGUCGCCGUCAAAUGCUUGGAUCUCGAUCGCUGCAACAGCAAUCUCGAUGAUAUUCGUAGGGAAGCUCAAAUUAUGAGCUUGAUAGAUCAUCCCAAUGUUAUAAAAGCUCAUUGUUCUUUUGUUGUUGACCACAGUCUGUGGGUUGUCAUGCCUUUCAUGGCUGAAGGAUCUUGCCUGCAUCUCAUGAAAAUGGCAUAUCCAGAUGGAUUUGAGGAGUCUGCUAUAUGUUCUAUCCUCAAAGAAACUCUCAAGGCCUUGGAGUAUCUGCAUCGGCAUGGCCACAUCCAUCGUGAUGUUAAGGCUGGAAAUAUAUUACUCGAUAGUAAUGGCGACGUAAAACUGGGUGAUUUUGGGGUUUCUGCUUGCAUGUUUGACAAAGGUGAUAGACAACGAUCCAGAAACACUUUUGUUGGAACUCCGUGUUGGAUGGCACCAGAGGUUCUGCAGCCAGGAACUGGAUAUGACUUUAAAGCUGAUAUAUGGUCAUUUGGAAUUACAGCGUUGGAGUUAGCUCAUGGUCAUGCACCCUUUUCAAAAUAUCCUCCAAUGAAGGUUCUCUUGAUGACCAUACAAAAUGCUCCUCCAGGGCUUGACUAUGACCGGGACAAGAAGUUCUCUAAGUCUUUCAAAGAAAUGGUUGCCAUGUGCUUGGUGAAAGAUCAAACAAAAAGGCCCAGUGCAGAGAAGUUGUUAAAACAUUCAUUUUUCAAGAAUGCUAAGCCUCCAGAGGUUUCGGUGAAGAAACUUUUUUCUAACUUGCCUCCACUAUGGGAUCGAGUGAAAGCACUUCAGUUGAAAGAUGCCGCUCAACUAGCUUUGAAGAAAAUGCCUUCAGCAGAACAAGAAGCUUUGUCACAGAGUGAGUAUCAACGAGGUGUUAGUGCUUGGAACUUUGACAUUGAAGAUUUAAAAAUUCAAGCAUCCCUGCUACAAGAUGAUGACGGAAUACAAGAAUUCAAAGAAGAAGACGAAUGCAUGAAAUUUGGUGUUAAUAACAAGGAUGUACCCAAUAUGAAAUGUGGUGUUGGCAAAUCAAAUUCUAAAAGUGACAUUGUCUUCAGUGAACUCAUAAAUGUUGGUGAAGCUCAAUCCUUGUGCUUUAACGAUAAAAGAAAAACUCCAGAAAUUGAGUUGCUUGAUUCUAAAAUAAGUCCAGAGAAAGAUAUUGUUCAACAAAAAUCAAGAACUACAGGGAAGAACCGUCAGAGUCAGAGUGGACCCUUAAUGCCUGGUGUUGUGCUAACUCACUCAACAUCAGAAAUGACACGUGCCUUUGAGAGAUUCGAGAAUAAUAGUCAAUCACUAGUUGACAAAAACCAACAUGACAUCCGAAGAGCACCAAGUUUUAGCGGUCCACUGAUGCUUCCAAACCGAGCUUCUGCAAACAGUUUGUCAGCUCCAAUAAAGUCAUCAGGAGGGUUCAGAGAUUCACUGGAAGACAAGACAAAGUCCAAUUUAGUUCAAAUAAAAGGGCGAUUCUCAGUCACAUCAGAGAAUGUUGACCUUGUAAAGGACAUUCCAUUAUGUACAGUUCCUCGGUGUUCUCAGGGUUCACCAUUAAGAAAGUCUGCUAGUCUUGCUAGUGUUGGAGACUGGAUCUUUGAUGCCAGACAAAUGCCAACUAAAGAAGUUUGCAACACUAACAUGGUUACAUCACUUUUGAUGCCGCAUCUUCAGAACCUUCUUCAACAAACAUCUAUUCAACAGGAAUUGAUUGUAAAUAUGUUGAAUAACUUACAACCUGGUGAGAUAGUAGAAGGUGAGUGGAAGGAAGCAUCUCCAAAUGGAAAGCUACCCCCAUUACCUCGGAGUUCAGAUAGCAACGGAAAUGUGGUGGAAUCAGUAGUUUCGGAUAGAGAAGGUGUGUUGCUUCUGAAGAUCUCUGAGCUUCAAGCUAGGAUGAGGGAGUUGACCGAGGAGUUGAGUGUGGAGAAACAAAAAUACUUGCAUAUGCAUCAGCAGUUGAGUGCUCUAACCAUUCAGGAGGAAGAAACAGAUAGCACGAGAGAGACAGAGGCGGUGGAUGCUUGAAAUAUAUAUAUGUCCUUGUCUACUACUACUACUAGUAGUGUUUAAUUAAUAUCAAAACAUGUAAAGUGAGUGAGGCCAUCAAUCAUCAUGUGUAUAUAUAUAUAUUCAAUUCAGGUAAGAGUUUGAUUGGUGAUAGCA